GUAUGCCGCCAUCUAUUGAUGGCUCCCACACAGGUAUUUGUAAACAAGAUGGCGAUGCAGUGGGUGAAAAUAGUCGACAACAAUCAUUUCGUAAGCUAGAUUAGAGACGAUCUAGAACAGUGUCAUCAACAAUGGACGGCUCCAGAAGAAGAGCAAAUGUUCGCGUGAAGUAUUCAGGAGAAUCUGUAUCAAAGCCCAAAUUACCAACUCCAGAAAUAGUUGUUGAUCAUGACACCGCUUCGGAUGUGGAAUACAGCGACGAUAAUGAUGGAUUGGAACCAGCCUGGAGUAGCUCAGUUCACAAGGACUCUGGAGAACUGUUCUACCUUGAGGCAGGAAAGCCGGUGACAUCACCUCUAGAGCAUGUAAACCCUGCCACACCAAAGGACACAACUGGAAAAACCAACCGGAAAGGCAUCGCUCAACUACAGAAGGUUCUCAAAGUUUCAAGGAGCAGAGACUCCACCCCUCAGUCCUCGCCCAACGGCAGCCGGUUCUUCUCAAGGACUCCACCUGGCAGCAACCACAAGCUGCGGAGGUCAUCUCCAGGGUCGCAGUCCAGCGAGGGCACACCCAUCAAGGAAGUGAUUCUGAAGAUCGGGACGUCACCUCCAAGAAGCCCAAAUGACACGCUGAGUAUCAGACUCCAAGGGUGGUUAGGGAUUGUCCCUGGUAGAGGAGGGACGGACUCAAGUAGUGUCAUGGGGAACGGACGAGAGCACAAGAAUGGAGGGCCUAUGCACGUGGAUGAUAGGUUGAUGGUGAGGGGAUUGCUGCCUCAAGGUGCUGCCAUGAAAUCAGCUCAAAUUGAGAUUGGUGAUGUAAUCUCUGCUAUCAAUGGCGUACCUGUAUCCUACUCCUCAGCUGAAGCUGUACUCAACUCUAUGGAACCUGUCAAACAGGUAAGGUUAUCAGUAGAGAGAGCGCCCUCGUGGAACAAUGGACAGAGCCCCUCCCCCAUGAUAUGCCGACCUCCCAAUGGAACCCUGGUGAAGAUGCUCAACAACAUUGCUGAAACAGCAAGUAAACAGCAGGAAGAGAGCAAGGGGAGUCCCCAGGAGGGAAAUCCCCUGGAGGGGAAUCCCCAGGAUGAUGUACCAUGUGCUAUUAUGUACCUUACUCUGGUUAGGGAUUCGGAUAAUGAUGAUGCGCAGGAGGUUUUGUACAAAUACCCAUCUUCCAAAGCAUCAACCAAAUUCAAGGACAUCAACGGUCUCUUCAUUACUCUAGGUGAUAUGCUCAUGAACAUCACCGGAAGCAAAAUAACAUGUACAUCUCUUGAAGUCGGUGGUGAGUUGGUCCAUGUAGGCUACCAUAAAUGUGGUUCGGAGUUGCUGGUCCUCGCCCUGCCGGCUCGGUGUGCCUCCAAACACACAGUGCAAUGUAUGGUCCAGCAACUAGCAAGGCUUCUCAACUUCAUGUUCCUCUCACUCAACAGGGCGUUUUCAGAGACCAGGAAUCACUCCAGACUAGACCACCUGUUAGCCCUUCUCUUUCAUCAAGCUCUGGUAGAUAGGAGUCAGUUAGAACCGAGGAGGAAAAGGAAAGAAGACAUCUUCAUUCAGAUGCUUCCUGGAGUUAGGUGGCUUAAUCUACCAGAUCAAGAUAAGCUCAAUGUUGAUUGCAGUCUUAGUGAAUUAGAAGCAGCCGAUUUUGCAGACUUGUGUGACAGACAUUUUGACUACAGGAGACCAUAUGUGAUAUUGGGAUCUUGCUUGUUUUAUAAGGGCUACCUCCUUGCCAAUCACUUGCCAGUGGAUGACCUUUUGGACAUCCACCUCUAUGUCCAGUACUACAGCCUCAGCUCACUGUCCACUCAACGGUCAGUCGGCCAGCUGGUCAUCUGGAGAGAAGUCUUCCCCACACGUCGGGUUCAACCCAUUGAAGCGCCCCACCUUGGCUACACCGAGCCCCAGGGGAGAUGGUUUCUAUUAAUCGUUGGCUUGAAACACUCCGUACUGUGUGUUAUGCUAGAGGCAGGGGGCUGUGCAUCACCAGCUGAAGGUGUUGUAUACCCCGAUGAAUUCUAUGUGGAUCAAAGCAGAGCAACUCUUCUUCAUCUUGAAACCUUGGAUGUGCCGUCAGCUUGUGAAGAAAGAUUAAAAGUGCCACCCAUCCCAGCCCUGUCUUGUGCCGACUGGUUGUUCCCCAGCCCGAGGAGGGGUAGCUUUGAUAGCAGUGUGCCUCCCAGGCCCCAUCCAGACUCACCAAUGCUGAGUAAAUUACACAGCCAAACACCUAUUAAAGGACCUGGAGGUAAGAAAGCAGAGAGUCCACACCUGGUCACCAAGCGAUCCAGCUCCCCCACCCCACCGAUCUCCUUCCUUUCGGUCAGCCCGAACCCGUCACGGAAACACGCCUCGACGUCCAGCCGGACCGAGUCCGACAACGAGAGCGAUUCGACCAGCCCCCAUAACUCGCGAACAAACAGCACCCAGUCUUCCCCAUCCACCAGCAGACGGAGCGAGUCCCGCAAGGAGUCCGAUGCUUCCAUUGGUUCCGCUGGCAGCAGUGAAAUAUACAGGGCUGUGCGUAGAGGGCGCAUCAUCCCUGAUCCUUACUCUAUGGGUGUGAUGCAAAAGGCUCUAGAAGAGACUGCUUCCCCGGAUUACUUCACAGCAACCAAACUAACAAGUGGGCGCGAUAAUAGCCUGUUCCACUACGUUCACCUGGAUCCAUCGACGGGAAUCCUCGUCACGCCUACCAGAUCAGAUCUAGCCUUCCUAGGAGGGCUCACUCAUAGUCAACUGGUAGAUAACUUUCAACAAUGCUGUAAGGUCAUCAGGCAACAACUCACGUUACAUGCUCGUCUUAGGCCUAAAGAUCAGCUGAGUGGCAAAACUAUUACAAGAUGCGAUGCGCUGACCAUUCUAAGAGAGUUUGGAAUCUCAUUCAGAUGUCAUCCUGAUAAUUGGCCAGAGAAGAAACAACCACCUUCCAUUAAAUACUGGGUUGUUGGGAGACUCAUUAAAGGUCCAAGAGGCACUAAAGAGUGCUAUGUAUGUUACCAUGAUAGCACAACACAGAACACCUUGGAGCUGGCUUUCAAACUGGUGUUUGGUGUUGGACCUUGAUGCGUGAUACCUGAAUAGUAAGACAUAGAACACCUUGGAGCUGGCUUUCAAACUGGUGUUUUGUGUUAUACCAUGAUGCAUGCUGUCACUACAGCACAACACAGAUCACCCUGGAGCUGGCUUUCAAACUGGUGUUUGGUGUUAUACCAUGAUGUAUGCUACCACUAUAGCACAACACAAGACACCUUGAUGCUAGCUUUUAAACUGGUGUUUGGUGUAGAACCAUGAUGAAGCUCCUUUUAAGUCCUCUUCUCUCCAUUGAUGGUGCCCUGGUGGUGUCUGUAGGUGUUAAGUCUUCAAAAUGCUUUGAGCGUCAACUGAAAUACUCAUUCUGCCGUGAUACUAUACUGUCCUGAUGAUACAUGUACAUGUACUAUGCCGAAAAGGAAAGAAGGAGUACAAAACUGUGAUUUUGUAUGAGCAGUGUAGUUCGGUUUUGCUGCUACCGUUGUAGUCCUUAAUCACUUCUGGGAUCUGUUUCAUAAAACUUGUUAUAGUAACAAAUUUAUAGUAGCCGUUAAAAGCUACUGAGAUCCUUCAAUCCGAUUGGCUGAUAGUAAAUUUGUUAUGGAACUUGUGCAUUUGUUAUUAUCUUAUUGUCUUUAUGAAAUUGGAUGCCAGUGCUUCCUCCUAAUGCUUGAAUGAUUCUAUAGCCAAUCUAAUUUGCUUACUCUUUGAUACACCAUAAUAAUUUAAUAAUACACCAUAAUAAUUUGGUAGGUUUAAAACACCGUAUAAACUUUGACAAAGAUAGAUAGAAUCUAGAGAGACAACCAAAUAUGCUGAAAAUUGCCAACACAAAGAUGCAUAUGUGGUUAGCAUUUUGACGUUUGACAUUUUAAUUAUUAUCAUGGCUCAAAAUUUAAAUUGUAUUCAGUGCUUUGUAAAUGCAGUGUUCAAAAAUUACUGUGGGUUUUUUUUCCACAUCACAGAGUAACAGCAAUGCAUGUACUUAUUGUUUUUCAACUUAAAUGUUGAAGUGCAGAUUUGAGAAUUAACUCCAAAACUCCAGUACAUAGUUCUAUUUGAUAUGGCAAGUUAAAGGGUUCCACUUAUUCCCCUUAUCACAGUUACAGUGGGUGCGUCGUGGUCUAGUGGUUCUGACUCUCGCCUUUCAAAUAGAGGGUCGUGGGUUUGAAUCCUAGCCAUGGC